AUGAAGGCAUCCCCGACAGCUAAUAACCCAUUGCACGAUGAGUAUCAUUGGGUUGCUUGCCUUCUCUUUGAGUAUCGCAUAUAUGGGAUAGUGGCAGUUUUCCUCGUGAUCACCUUCACCUUCCUUUGUCAAAGACUAUGGAGGCCACAAAGAACAGAUGCGGAGCCGAAUCAAGCCUCGACUCGAGCGCGUUUCCGGCGAAGGGACAAGGUCCUCUUCUACGGCAAGAAGAUGCUGAGAAAAGUGAAAAAUUUCUCAGGGACUGUGGGAGCCAUUCCAAAAGGGAGACGGAAGCAGAUCGUGGUGAAGAUGGCCAAGCAGCUUUUGCGUCUCAAGAAGGAAUCCCAUAUGCCACCUCAGCUGACAGUCCUGGAGCCACCUGAUGCAUAUCUAGAAGCUGAUUCUACCACCAAUAAAGAUGACUGGUUGCCACCCGAAGUUCUCUACAUGCUCCGAUCCAUCCGCGUGUUCGGUCAUUUCGAGAAACCCGUAUUCCUCGAGCUGUGCAAAAGUCUGGAGACCCUAAAUCUCACGGCUGGAGAUUUCCUCUUUCGGGUUGGGGAUGCUGAUGAAAACGUGUAUGUCGUUCAAGAGGGUCUUCUGGAUGUAUACCUCACCAAUGCGGAAGGGUCAGAAAUUUCCCUGAAGAAAGUCCCGCCGGGAGAUGCUAUCAUCUCCCUUUUGAGCUUUGCCGACUGUCUCACCGGUCACCAGCAGCCUUUCAAGACGCUCUAUGCCCGAGCCGUCAAGGAUUCCCUUGUCUUGCGCCUUCCUGUCUCCGCGUUUCAACCUGUGUUGGACCGUCACCCGGAGAGCAUGAUCCGUAUUGUGGAAGUCAUCAUGAUGCGCCUUCAGAGGGUGACUCUCACGGCACUCCUUCAGCAUCUCGGAUUGGCAUCAAAAAUCCUCAAACCCUACAACCUGCGGUCAGACGAGAAUCAGGAGAAACAUGUGGAUUUCCAGGGGAGGCACUCCCCUGGCAUGCCCAGUCCCUCGAAGGAAGAGGAUAUGGAAGCAGUAUUAAAGGGAUUUCAAAUGUGCCUCGGCAUCGAUGACAUCACCACAUUGCGAGGGAAGGUCACGUUGAAGCAAGUAGGGCGAGGUAACACCCUGAUCCACCAGGAUUCAAGUGAUGGUUCUGCCAUCUACUAUGUUCGUCGUGGGGUCCUCCAUGUGGUUCUUGAAAACGAUGAGAACACUGGGGGAAAGGAAAAGCUGUUCGUGGCUCAGGAAGGAGAGAUCCUCGGUGGUCUCUCCGUCUUGACCGGGGAGCCCAGUUAUUUCACCAUCAGAUGCCCCGUGGAAUCAGAUUUCCCUGCUGUUGUGGGAGUCCUCAGCAAGGAGAAACUUAUCGAACUAGUCGCCGAAAGACCGUCAGUCGUCCUUCACGUCGUCAAUGCCGUCAUUCGCAACCUUUCACCUGUGGUGAGGCAGAUCGACUUUGCCCUGGACUGGAUCAAUAUAGAGCCAGGGAAGGCCAUCUACAGGCAAGGGGAAGAAUCGGAUAGCACAUAUAUCGUCUUGAGUGGACGUCUUCGGUCUGUGAUCGCCAAUGAGGCUUCGGGUAAGAAGGAGUUGGUCGGUGAGUAUGGUCGUGGAGACCUUGUCGGGAUUGUGGAAUUGCUCACCCACACCCAGAGGAGCACGACUGUCAUGGCCAUCCGAGAUACGGAAUUAGCAAAACUCAGUGGAGGUCUUCUGAAUUAUCUUAAAUGGAAGUUUCCCAGUGUGGUGACGAAGCUCAUCAAGCUGCUUGGCCAUCGAAUCCUUGGAACAUGGCAGAAGAAAGAGACUGGACCCAUCGACCUCCGACCUAGUCAGAGUAACAUGAACACUUUGGCCAUAUUGCCCGUCCUAGAUGAUGUUCCCUUGGUUCCGUUUUCUCUAGAACUCUAUCAUUCCCUCUCUGCCAUCGGUCCGGUCAUUCGUCUAACGUCGGAAUAUGUCGUGGAACAACUUGGGGAUCGGAUCUUCGAUGCUUCCAAUGAAUUUCGUCUCUCUCGUUGGUUGGGUCAGCAAGAAGACAAGCAUCGAAUGGUGAUCUAUGAGUGUGAUUUCACAUAUUCCCUCUGGACCAUGCGAUGCGUGAGGCAGGCAGACUGUAUCUUGAUUGUGGCAAAUGCAUCCGGUCCGAUGGUAGUGGGUAAGAUGGAGAAGCAACUGGAGCUUUUGUCCGUCAGGACUCAACGAGAGUUGGUUCUUCUACAUACUCAUGAUGCUCGUCCACCGAGGAACACCGCUGCCUGGAUGAACAUGCGCUCUUACUGCUCUGCUCAUCACCACAUUCGAUGCCCCAGCAGGAUGUUCGUCAAACGUUCCCAAGCACGGACGUUGGAAGUCUACCAGAGAGUGAUGGCAUCGCCCCCGGAUCCCCUGUCAGACUUCUCUCGCCUCGCUCGUCUUCUCACCGGUACCUCUGUGGGUCUGGUCCUUGGGGGCGGAGGUGCUCGAGGGGCAGCUCACGUUGGCAUGAUCAAGGCCAUUCAAGAUGCCGGAAUCCCCAUCGACAUGGUUGGGGGUGUAAGCAUUGGAGCCUUCGUUGGUGCCCUGUGGUGCAUGGAAACGGACAUAACUCGCGUGACCCAAAAGGCUCGGGAAUGGUCUGUCAAAAUGACACAAAGACGGCGGCAGAUCAUGGAUCUCACGUAUCCUAUCACGGCCAUGUUCACAGGGAAGGGAUUCAACCAGGUGAUCCAGGAAUCCCUGGGAGAACGAAACAUUGAAGAUUUGUGGAUCCCGUACUUCACGAUCACGACGGACGUGACAGCGAGUGCAAUGAGGAUCCACACGCAUGGAUCCCUAUGGAGAUACGUUCGAGCAUCUAUGUCUUUGUCGGGUUACAUGCCUCCGUUGUGUGAUCCCCAAGACGGCCACCUUCUCUUAGAUGGUGGUUAUGUAAACAAUCUGCCUGCAGAUGUGAUGAGGAGUCGAGGUGCUAAGACGAUAAUCGCGGUGGAUGUAGGGUCUGAGGAUGAGGGAAAAGAGACAUUCUAUGGGGAUAGCCUUAAUGGAUGGUGGCUCCUUUGGAAUAAAUGGUGGCCGUGGUCCCCACCUGUGUCCAUCCCUUCCCUCGCAGACAUCCAGUCCCGACUCGCUUAUGUCUCCUGCGUUCGACAAUUGGAGGAAGUGAAGAACAGCGAUUACUGCGAGUACAUCCGCCCUCCGAUCGAUCGGUAUCAGACGCUUCAAUUUGGAAGCUUUGAUGAGAUCAAGGAUGUGGGCUUCAACCACGGGAAGGCCUACCUAUACGGAGUAAUGAAGGCAGGGCAGUUGUCUGGAGUUGGGAUCGGAUUAUCGAAGUCAUUUAACGAUGGGCCAGGUGAAGGGGGCAUGAAGCGAAGUACGUCUUUCCUCGGUCUAUCACAGAUGCUUAGUAGGGUUUCCCAGAAGCCUCUCACCAUUCCAUAUGACAAUGACUGGAGAGAAGCAUCCGAUCCCAUUCGAAACAAGCCCAAUCCCAUCCAUGAAGAGGACCUGCGCGAAAAGGACAAGUAG